GAAGUGAAGAGGAGACGAGGAAGAGAUGAGAAUGGAAAGAAGGAAAGCAAAAGAGUGUAUGAGUUUAUAAGGGAACUGAUGAAGAGGAGACGAGGAACGUAUGAAAAAUAGACGAGGAAUUCAUUAUCUUCUGCUACUUCUCCCUCGUUGCUCUGUCGCCAACACUUCCACAUCCCGCGUCGCCAGCCCCCCACACACACACACACUCGCACACAGCCACAUACGCUGACGUUCGCUCAGUCGGCUCCGUGCCUUCGUACUGGGAGGAUUAUCGCACAAGCCUCGUCCGUCUCCCUUUCCACGGUGCGACUCCCAGCUCUUUUCUUUUGCAUUGCCUCUGAAAACUUUUGAUCGUAAUGAGGGAAAAUUAAGUGGAGUGAUCAUAGUGGGGCAUUAACAAUUGCACGCCGCCCCUGCUGCAGGGCUGUGAGGGAAGGAACAACGUGGAAGAGUUGAAAUUACCGCGGAGAGCACAGCGGUAGAGCAAACACACCUCACCGCCGCCGCCUCCGUGCGUCAAGACACGAGGGCCGCCCUGCCUGUUGCUGCACCGGGCACUGUGGUCACCAAGUAUUGUAAUACACAGACACUGCAGUAUUCACUGUAACACUCAGACACUGUGAUCACGAGGCACUGUAAUACUGAGGCAUUGCGAUCACCAGACACUGUAUUACUCAAACACUACUACUGCGGCACUGAUCGCCACGCACAGCAACACUCGGGCACUGCAGUACUUAGGUGCCGUGGAGCAAAGAUAAGCCAUUCAUUGGAUAGUACACAAAAAUAAGUCUGAGACUAAAUACACCACAUCGAAAUUGACCUAACGAGACUGAAGAGGAAACACUCGGAGAUUUUGUGUUUCCGGAGUCUAGAAAAGUAAUGCAAGUCAAAGUUUUGAGUAUAUAAAGCAGUGUAAAGAGUCAAUGUAAAGAAAUAAAGAGAAAAAAAAAAGUCGUGCACAUAGAAUUUGAAUAUUUUUCGAGUUUUUGACAAUAUAUAAACAAAUUUUCAGUCAGCAAGAUGAUACGAGUCAAUGAACGGAACUGAGAGGAACAAAAAUACAUAUAAAAAAAAUAAUAAUUUCUGAGCAGUGAAAAAAAAAAAAAAGAAAAGAAAAUUCAGCAUGGUGAAGAUGCGAGGGUGUGUGACCAUGUGGGCGUGCGCGUGCGUGUGGGCGUGCGUGUGGGUGUGCGCGGCGGGCUUCAACGUUGACCUGAUCAGCCACGUGACCCACCACAGUGACCAGAGGGACUCGAUGUUUGGCUUCGCCGUGGCCCAACACAUGGACGCCGGCACUGCAAGGAUGCUGGUGGGGGCGCCCUUGUACGAUACAGAGCAGCGGGUGAGGGGCGUGAGGAAGGCAGGGGCUGUGCUGAGCUGUGACCCCAAUGUCCCUGACAGAUGCAGCUAUGUUCCUUUUGACACCAAUGGUAACAAUGUACAUCCCCUUGGACAACAACUGGACAACAAAACAGGACAGUGGUUUGGCGCCACCGUCAGGAGCUCGGGGCCAGACGGCGUGGUGGUGGCGUGUGCUCCCCGCUACGUUUGGUUCACGGAGAAUCUCAAGCGGCGGGAACCAGUGGGAACAUGUUACGUCGCAAGAAAAGCACUGACUGACUUCCAGGAGUUCUCGCCUUGCAGAACCCGUCACUGGGGUUACCACCGCCAAGGGUCCUGCCAGGCUGGGUUCGACGCCAUCAUCACUGAGAACGGCAAGAGACUGUACAUUGGAGCACCUGGGGCCUUCUAUUGGCAAGGACAGAUUCACUCGUACAACUUGGUAACACGCAGCGAGUACAACAGGACAUGGGAGGGCCCGGCUGAGGGAGACGACCAAUACCUGGGAUAUUCUGUGGCUGUGGGAGACUUCAACGGGGACGGAACUGAAGACGUGGCUCUCGGCGUUCCCAAGGGCCUGAACUAUACUGGCAAGGCCCUACAGAACCACCUAAGAAGAGAAGAAGAGGAGGAAGAGGAAGACACAGAAAAGGAGGAGGAGGAAGAAGAAGAAGAAAACACGAACACAAACAUAAGAAACAGAAGGAAGAGAAAAGGGAAGAAAAACAAGCGAAUGACAACAACAACAACGAAAACAAAAACAAAGAAACGGAAAGACAACAGAAGAAGAAAAAGGAGAAAGGAAGAACGACAGAAAACAAACAAUAACAGACACAAGCGAGAGGUAAGAAAGAAGAGGCAAGAAGAAGAGGAGGAGGGAGAAGAAAAAGAAGAAAGACUGACAUGGCAAGGCUGGUUUGAAAAGACAGGCUUCCUAUUUCUACCGGAGAAGGAGGAAGGAUAUCAAAGUUUAUCCUUACCUGAUUCCUUCACACCAGAGCGCCCUUCCUACGGUGCCUCGUCCUUAGCUAUUGGUGGCUUCAGCGGGGGUGCCAGCAGGAGGGAUGUGGCACUGGGCACUCCAAGGGGCCCAGACAAGACAGGGGCACUCACUGGGAAGGUGGCUCUCUUCACGGAACACCUGCGGCCAAUACAGAACAUCACAGGGUACCAGCUUGGGUCUUACUUCGGGUACUGUCUGGCGGUGCUGGACUUCAACAAGGAUGGCCUGGACGAUAUUGUGAUAGGAGCGCCCCUUUACACUGACUAUGAGGACAGGGAGAUGAAGUUUGAGGUCGGCAGAGUCCACGUGGUGCUUCAGAAUAGAUUGCACCGGUUCCGCCAGGUGGUGACCUUCACAGGAGAGGUCAGCCAGGGUCGCUUUGGCCUGUCCCUGACCAGCCUGGGGGAUAUCAACCAGGAUGGCAUUCAAGACAUGGCAGUGGGCGCCCCCUAUGGAGGUCCAGACGGCAGUGGCGCAGUGUUCAUCUAUAAUGGCUUUGAGAUCAGGAGUGGCGAACUCAUCUCCGAGGAACUCAAGAAGCCUAGCCAGGUUAUACUGGCAAGGGAUGUUGGUCUGGGUAUUCCGAUGGCAUCCUUUGGUUGGGCAUUGUCUGGGGGCCUGGAUGUGGAUGGCAACCAGUACCCAGACCUCUUGGUGGGCGCCACACAUGCCAAUGCCGCUGUGGUGCUCAAGUCGCGUUCCAUUGUGUCACUGGUCAACCACACCCUGACCUUCUUGUCAGAGGAGGAGAUCGACAUUGAAGUGACCUCAGCUGCCAACAGGGAAAAGAAUUGCAAGACUAGGUCAGGUCGUCUUGUGUCCUGUGUUGACCUGCAGUUUUGUGUUGGCUAUGGUGGCCUUGCUGUGCCCUUGGAAAUAGAGCUGGAGGUGAAAUAUCAGCUGGACGAGGAGGUGAAGGACCCACGGCUGUUCUUCAUGGUGACAGAUAAGCAGGGGCUGAGUGAGUCACUGAGGCUGGUGCGUGGCAGGUCCCGGUGCAGGGUACACAGGACCUAUGUGUCGCCUUCUGUGACAGACAAGCUGACUCCCCUGGGUGCCACGGUGAGGCUGGCACUAGUGGAGGGCCAGGAUGCCGCCCUCAGAGUGCCACGAGCCAUCAGGCCAAUCUUGAACCAGAAGCAGAAUCUGAGUAUGACGAACACCAUUGCCAUCAAGAACAACUGUGGCCCGGAUGAUAUGUGUGUGCCUGACCUGGAGUUGACCUUGAAUGCGCCAGACACCUUCACAUUCGGCAAGAAGGAGCAGCUGGAGGUGGUGGUGCGUGUCAUGAACCACGGUGAGGACGCAUACCAGGCCAGUGUGUUCCUACCUGAGCCACCCGGCCUGCAGUACAACAUCUUUGAGGCGCGUGACAACACCUCCGUCACCUGCUCCCCACGAUACUCCGGCAACACCACCAUACUUGUCUGCGACAUCGGCAACCCUCUCAAGAUGCAUACUGGGGUCCACUUUGCCAUGUUCUUCCAACCCCAACCCUCCACGCUGGCAGACGACCGCAUACAGUUUGAUGUGGUGGCCAACAGCACUAUCUCAGAGGCCGCCCACACUAGUGCCGACAACUUUGUGCAAAAGAUUGUGAUGCUGGGUGCUGACGUCAACCUGGUGCUGUACGGCUCCUCCACUCCUGAGAACAUCGCCUACAACAAGAGUCUGUAUAGCUUUGAGACUUACCAGCAUGAGGAUGAGUUGGGGCCGGAGGUGCUGCACAUCUUUGCUGUGUCCAACAAUGGCGCGUCCAGACUCACUGAGACAGAAUUUGUCAUCCUGUGGCCACUCAAGGCAGUCAAUGGAGAGAGUUAUUUGCUGUAUUUGUUGGAGCAGCCACACGUCACUGGGCCAGGAUCUUGUGCCUUUGUUCCUGACACCAAUCCCCUGCAGCUUGAGCUGAACCAAGAGACUUCCACAACAAGGCUCCUAAAACUUCAAAGUAGGGAGAAGGAGAAGGAGAGGAGGGAGGAGGAGAGGAUAACACUGGAAGAGGAAGGGAGGAUACUGGUGGAGGAGGAAAGGACCUACACUCAGUCUGGAGGAGGAGGAGGAGGAGGAGGAGGAGGAGGAGGAGGAGUGUUGCUGGAGGAGGAGGUUGGAGAGAGCAAGGAAACAUCUGGUGGAGGGAAAAAGGAAACUUAUUAUGAGGAAACAUCCUUUACAACUUACACUACUGGAGGAGGAGAAGGAGGAGGAGGAGGAGGAGGAGGAGGAGGAAGAGGAGGAGGUAACUACUCUUCCUCCUCUUCAACUUAUUCCUCUUCCUCUUCAUCAAGCAGGACAUUCACUUCCUCUUCCUCUUCUUCGUCAAAUUAUGGCUCCUCUUCUGGUUCUUCCUCUUCCUCUUCCUCCUCCUCCUCAUACGGGUCUUCUGGUCAUCUCAGUAGGAGGACGAGGGAAGUUGAUGACUCACAGGAUUGGGAAAGCAUGAUUAGUAACUGUGGCAUGACUCACUGCAUCAGGAUCCGCUGCACAGCCGGCCCCCUGGAGGAGCAGGACAUCGUGUUUGUGUAUGUGCGCUCACGCCUCGUCCUGGCCACGCUGCAGGAGUACCCCUAUGAUGACGUUAGCAUCACCAGUCGGAUGGUCGCCCCCGUGUCACCUCUCUUCCCUACGGUGUCAGUCCACGAGACCUUGAGGUGAAGACAAAGGACGUCACCACCCCUGUGUCUCCUGCCAAGUCCCUGGAUGAGGCCCCUGCUGUGCCCUGGUGGGUCAUCAUCCUGGCAGUGCUGGCUGGCAUCCUCAUCUUGCUGCUCAUCAUACUCAUACUGUGGAAGUGUGGUUACUUCAAGCGUCACCGGCCAGAGCAGGGUGGGAAGGCGGCGGAUGAUGCCCAGCCGCUCAAUCCACCCCAGGGGCGUAAUGGUCACCCCUGCAACCCUUACACCCGACCCAUGUACCCAGGAGAUGAGGCAUUAUGAUCCACUGUAACCUGUUAGGAGGGCUGAGGCAUUGAGAGUGUGUGUGUGUGUGUGUGUGUGUGUGUGUGUGUGUGUGUGUGUGUCAGUAUUUGUGUAUUUGUGUGUGAGGUAUUGAAGUUAGUGUGUGUGUGUGUGUGUGUGUGUGUGUGUGUGUGUGUGUGUGUGUGUGUGUGUGUGUCAGUAUUUGUGUAUUUGUGUGUGUGAGGUAUUGAGGUCAGUGUGUGUGUGUGUGUGUGUGUGUGUGUGUGUGUGUGUGUGUGUGUGUUCUGAAACAUUUUGCUCUCUCACCAUGACUAUUUUCCAAGGCCACAGAGAUGAUUAGCAAGGUUUUCAAGAGUGUUUCUCCCCUUAACAAUGUAGAAAUGUUAGUUUUUCUCUAGAACCAUAAAAAAAAAGCACACUUGAAAACCCAUGUCACUUCAGAUAGAGCCUUUUGAAAGUGGUGGAGGUCUGGUGUAGGAGCUGUGGUGUUUCUGAAUCUGUUCCAUUAAGUCAGUGUGUGUGUGUGUGUGUGUGUGUGAGACUCCUUAAGUAUACAUCACUGAAUUGUACUUAUUCAGAGAGAGAGAGAGAGAGAGAGAGAAAGAGAGAGGGGAGGGGGUGGGGAAAGGUAAAGAAAAGGAAGGAAUUAUGGAGAGAGAGAGAGAGAGAGAGAGAGAGAGAGAGAGAGAGAGAGAGAGAAAAUGAAAAAAAAAUCAAUAAAUACCAAAAACUUUAAGUCUUUAGCACUAACUUAAACUUUUCGCCCCCUUAAUUUUUUUUUUUUUUUUAUUUAAUUUUUCGUCUUUUUGUAUGUACAUAUAUAUGUUUUUUUUUUUUUCCCAGAAGCCAGCCAGCCAGUCUGUGCAUAACAAUAAUAAUAAUAAUAAUAAAAAAAAUGCUUUUCUUUAUUUUUUUUCUUUUUAUUUAUUUAUUUUUCUAACUUGAUUCAGCGUGUUGUUUACUUAAUUUUUGUUUGUUUGUUUGAUUGUUUCUCUGUAAAUAGUAUGUGUAAAUUUGUAUUAUAAUAUUUUACAUUAUUAUUUAAUUACACUUUAACAAAUAAAAAAUGUAUGUAACUGAAGAAAUUAUUGUGAUCCUUGGCCCAAAUCAUUCAGUACUUGCUAUGAACACUUCUGCCGCGCUGUCUUUGGUAAGCUUUUAUCAGUAAGUGUUGUGUUACCUGAAUGCGUAAUGUGUUGCUUGAAUGCGUAAAUUGUGACACAGCAGGUGAAAAGAGUGACAUUUACGUCAGUCGGGUGAAAAGCAUAUGAAUUAUAUGGGUUUCAAUGAAAGGGAAGGUGAAAAGAUGACAUUUAUAAUAUGGAAGGUGAAAAGAUGACGCAUUAUGACAGGUUGGGUGGAAAGGGUAGAUGGUGAAGGGGCAAGUGAAAAAGAUGAUAUUUAUGAUGCUUUUUAUGACAAGUUAGAUGAAAAAAAAUGACAGAUUUUGACAGGGUGGGUGAAAACAAUGAUAGCAUUAUAUGAGCGUGGCACUGUUGAUAAGCUAGAUAGCCUAGCUAGGAGAGCCCGGGCAGAGUCGCCACAAGAAGAGGAAGAAGACUCAAAAUGGACGGCUCGUGACAGCUAGGCGAGGCGGCGGCGAGACGAUGAGGUGACGUAAGGCUGGCAGUGGGACGAGGAGAUGGUGACGCGGGGCUUGGCGUAGGACAAGGCGGUGACGGGAAUCUAGUGGCGGCGAGAGGACGAGGUGGUGACGAGAAGCUGGCGGCGGAGAGAGGUUUGACGCAGCGAGAAGACGAGGGCAGUAACUGACGAACCAGCGAAGAUGUAGAUAGAGUCUUGUUGCUUGUAGUGUAGUGCAUGGACUGGGAACACUAGCAGUGGCGAUGUGCAAGAGGUAGUGGUGCAAUGGGUACCUGUACGAGGAGGGAACUUUAGUGGUGGGGACAGCCGCGCGGCGUGGUUGGCGUGGCAGGACAAGUGGUGGUGAGGGAGGCUUGGGUGGGUUUAUCCGCUGGGUCUCCCCGCUCCCCGUUCAUCACCCUUUGUCUUGCCAAGCUCUCCGCCACGCUGAUCCAUCCCACUGAGUACCUAGAAUUACUUAGACAUGAUUUAUUCCCUGUGUAUCUACGACUUAUCUCAAAAUAAACGUCAGAACUUGCA